AUGUCGAACCAGCCGCAAGCCAGACCCGCUCCAUCUAUCAACCUUCCAGAAGGGGAAGAUGUGUGUGAUGUUUCAAUCAUCAACAGCACAUGCGAUAUCGUAGUUCCUCCUUCUACGUAAGCCUCCCGGACCCAAGGGAAACGUUUGCGACCCAGCAGCUAAACAGCCAUUGCAGCUUAGUCGAGCCACAGAUCGAUGGACAUACCUGGUUGAAUCUCCCUACCUACGCGUUCCACGUUAGAAACGAGAGAUCAGGAGAGCAAAUCCUCUUUGACCUGGGCUGUCGAACAGACUGGCAGAACCUGGUGCCAUCUGUGGUCGAUACGGUGAGCCAUCGCAUACCGGGGCUCAAAGUCGAGAAAGAAGUCAUUGGUGAGCGGGAGAGAGUUCGAUCUUGGACGCUUUUGGCUAACGACCUCGGGAUCAGAUAUCGUCAAGGAUGGAGGAGUUGAUCCGGGCGACAUCAAGGCUCUUGUUCUCAGCCACUGGCACUACGACCAUUCAGGGAACCUCGCCCGACUGGCCAAAUCAACGGAUGUGGUCGUUGGACCUGGUUUCAAGAAGAGAUUCGAACCAGGAUGGCCCGCCAACAAAGACUCGGCUUUCCAUGAAGCUGAUUUCGAAGGCCGUAAUUUCAUCGAACCACCUUUCAGCGACGAAGUGAAGAUCGGGGGAUUCCAGGCAUACGACUACUUCGGUGACGCGAGCUUUUACGUGUUGAAUGUGCCAGGUGAGUGCGGCGUAUAUUGGAAAGGUCGUAGUCGAAUUCCACUGAUCUCCGUGUCAGGGCAUACAACAGGUCAUAUCUCAGCUCUUGCUCGGACCACGCCGCAUACCUUUAUCUUCAUGGGCGGCGACGCAUGCCACUUCACCGGCGUGAUACGACCAUCCGAAUACAUUCCGCUUCCAGAUGCAAUUCCAGCCCGGACUGUUCUCGACAAAAGAUUGCCUUCGCCAUGUCCCUGUUCGAUCUUUACGGACUGUCACCCAGACCAGGCGAAUAGCCGCACAAAAGCAUUCUAUCGAUGCUCUACCGGCGGGCCGUACGGCAGCUGGUAUGAGGAUCCGAGGACAGCAAUGGAAAGCAUCCAUCAUUUGUUGCAAUUCGACGCAGACCCGAACGUAUUGAUGAUCAUCGCACACGAUGCCGCGCCGAAAGACUCGCUGAAGUUCUUCCCAGAUGGCACGAUCAAUGAUUGGAAGGCGGAGGGAUACAAGGAGGCGAUGCAUUGGCAUUUCUUGAAUGAGCUGCCUGUGAAUGGAAGACAGGAGAGAGACCCGAUUGUGGAUGGUCUGUAUCGGGACGAGGGACAAGGACCGAAGAAAGUCAAGGACUUGCGGGAGUUUGGGCAGUAA